UUUGUGCUCGUAGUCAGACAUGUAAUUUAUUUCAACGGAUUUCUCUUUUAAAUAGCAAGCAUAGUGCUAUUUCUAUUGAAAAUCUUUGUUUCUUUACAUGGUUGCAUACAGAAAUCUAAAGCCAUCAGUUCGUCGCUGGGAACCAAGUUUUACUUUCUUGUACCGAAUGAGCGAGAAAUUCCUGAUAAGGAAAUAUUUGUAUUUUUAUUUACACUGUCAACAUUAGAAAUUGAAGUUAAUCUGACCAGUCCGUGGUUUGAUGGGGAACCGUUGAACAUCCAUCAAGUUUUACACAGACUUCAAAUCCAUUCGAUACAGAUACCAAAUACACAUAUGUCAACGUUGCAGAUAGGGACACAGUUCAGCUACAAAAUAGUUGGUACUUGGAAGUUUGGCGUCAUCGUCUUCGCUGUUGUACAGGUUCAGUCUGCCGAUUCUUUCACGCUCUUGCCGGUUGAGGGUUGGGGGAAAAAAUACGUUGCAUGGACUAAAAGGUACAUGCCAAGUGUUCAGAUUGUCACCGAUCAAGUGAUUGACCUUGAACUGCGCUUGAAUCUAGAGCGUUUUACCUUUACGUACCUGGGUAAAAAUUACGCCACUGGUGAUGUCAUUACAUUUCGGCUGAGGGAGGGCGAGGCCUUCACGUUGUCUUUCUGUGAUAGAAGGCCCUCUACUAGCCGUGCUACAUUAGAAGGGACACAGAUUGUUUGUACGGCGCCUUGUGGUGUUGUCAGUGGUAACUGUCUGACUGGUGCCACACCACACGACUGUGUAACGAACCAGCGACUGCCAAAUGUACCUGCCACAGGAGACAUUCUUGCAGAGAUGUUGAUGCCAAUUGAAACACUGGGAAAAGAAUUUAUUACACUCAACAUCAUUGGACGGAUAAGGCAAGGUCGCGUGGAGGUCAUAACCACCGAACCGAACACACGGAUAUCGUCCACGGCACCGACGGGGAAUGUGGUGUACAUGGACAUUGGGCCGAGUUGGUCCAACCGAUGGGUUGGCUGGCCUGGGAUACGGUACUUCAGUAGCAACAAACCUGUGUCCGCCAUGUACUAUAUGUUAACGGCUUGUCGCACACCCGAAGGCUUAACAAUGGAGGAUGGGGACCCUUCUAUGUGCAAUCUCAUCCCUAUAGCCCUCUUCUAUGAUGGCUACAUUUGGAGCACCCCAUUCUCAAGGCGGGUAGCUCCACAGAAUUACGUCUGCUUGGUUGUUAAGACGGUGGACAAAGAACAUUUAAGAUUCGAUGACCUUGAUGUACCAGAAACGAUGCUUUGGAUGAAGGUGCAUGGAGCCCCAUAUGAAACUGGCAACGUACAGGUGGCACCAGGCACCCACACCGUGUAUGGCGCAAGGCCAAUCAAAUUCGGCUGUUACAUCUACGGCCUGGCUCGGUACUACAGCUACAUGAACCCUGCAGGGUUUAUCACAUCGAAAAUCAACGUGCAAUGUAUUCCAUCAUUCGAUAAGAAGGAUCCUGGCGAUCUUAUCGACAACGACUGUGACCAAAGGGUCGAUGAGGAGAUCGAAGAUGGUAUAGAUAAUGAUAAUGACAACAGAAUAGACGAGGACCUGGCGGAACCACCCAGAACCAAUGGAGCAUGGAGUGCUUGGACAGAAUGGACGUGCACUGUGAUUUGCCACGUGUACCGGGACCAGCGAACCAGACUAUGCAACAACCCAGCUCCCGCCAACAACGGCAGAGAUUGUGAAGGCAACACAGUUGAAUACAGAGAAAGCGAUUGUGGUCGUAAUUUUAUCUGCCCUACAGACUGCCCAGUUGGUAGAUGGGAUCUGAACUGUACCAAAAGUUGUGAACAUUGUGAGGAUGACUGCAACAAAUUUCUUGGCAACUGUACAAGCUGUGCACCGGGCUUUAUGUUUCCCGAACGUUCCUGCAAUGAAGUGUGUCCCCCUUUUAAAUAUGGCAAAAACUGUGAGGGAAAUUGUAUGGAGAAAUGUGAGGCUGAAUGUCUGGAUAAAGUCAAUGGGAACUGUCCACUGAAAGACAACCCAUAUUUAAAACUGUUGUGGUUGCUAAUGCUUAUUCCAGUUAUCACCCUUUUCCUUUUCAUUCUUAGACGCAAGCACAAUUCUGCGUCAGUGCCAGUUGAAGAAAACAAAGCUCCAGCUGAUGCUGCAACAGAACCUGCAACAGAACCUCCAACAGAGGUCCUACACAGUAGAGCCCCGUCGUCAGUUCCUGAGUCUGUGGCAGGGGGCAAGGAUAAGUCGUUGGUCGGAGAUUUGGAAACUUCGGUCUAAGUGGGUUUGUUGCUGGAGGUUGAAAUAGUCCUCACUAUAGGGAUGGUGGCUGAUUGAGGAGUGGAAUACAUUCAUAUUAUUUUGGAAAAGAUCGGGGAAUAUAAUAACAAGUUCUGUCAAAAUUUAUGUAUAAGUGGUAACAGUUUCUAAUUUCUUUUAAAUAUGUUUCAUUGUAAGAAUAAUAUUAAAUAAACAUAGAGAGGUGUAUUUAUUUCAUUUAAAUGCAUUAUUUUUGUUGUUUUAUUACAAUAUUGGCAAACUUAUUUAUAUUUUGGUUCAAAUGUUUACAUUUUUGUUGUUUAUGUCAAUUGAUUGUGUGGCUUACUUUUAAGGGCAGGU